UCUCUUUCACAUAUAUAUACUGUAAUUUCUGGUAGAACCCCAGUUGUAGGCUCCAGCGCAAGAGGGUAUUGCAGACAAAACCAUCACAAAAACAGAAAACGAUUUCCCUUAUUGAUAAUGUCGUUGAAACAGGCCUCAGGUUUCACAAAGCAACCUCUGUGAAAAUGAGACUUCAAAUUUACAACAUUGUCGAAAAUCUUAAAGAUUGGUACAAAAAGAAAUGGCUUUAAAGGCUGUACCAAUCUGUGUUUCGUUUUCUGAAUUGGGUCUCUGUGAUUUCGUUCAAAACAAGAAAAGAAUUCCCCUUUUUAGUUCUUAUAGGGUUAAUGUUGCAAAAUUGAGGAAAUGGGAGUGUUUGGGUUUGAAACUGGCCGAACCCGAUAGGGCACAAACACAUGUUGAAGGUGAGAAGACUUUGAGUCCAUCUGAUUUAGGUUCGAAUUCAACAGAUGGGGGAAUUGAAGAGACCCAGAUCACGGAAUCCUCAGGAUUUCAUAAAGAUUUGAAUUCUUUGCCAAAACCUUUAUCGGCCACAGAUCUUGUCUCUUCUGGUAACGAUGGGUCAAAAGUACGAGUUGCUUAUCAGGGUUUGCCGGGUGCAUACAGUGAGGCUGCUGCUCUUAAAGCCUACCCAAAAUGUGAAACAGUCCCAUGUGACCAAUUUGAAUCCGUAUUCAAGGCAGUUGAGUUAUGGUUGGUGGAUAAAGCAGUGCUCCCAAUUGAGAAUUCUGUAGGGGGAAGUAUUCAUAGAAAUUACGAUUUACUCCUUCGUCAUCGGCUUCAUAUUGUUGGUGAAGUGCAGUUGAUUGUUAAUCAUUGCCUCUUGGGUAUGCCUGGAGUAAGAAAGGAGGAAUUAAAGCGUGUUUUAAGCCACCCACAGGCACUUGAUCAAUGUGAGAUUGCACUUAACAAGUUAGGCGUUGUGAGAGUUAAUGCAGAAGAUACUGCUCUUGCAGCUCAGAUUGUAGCCUCAGAAGGCAUACGAGACACUGGAGCAGUUGCAAGUUCUCGAGCUGCAGAAAUUUAUGGGCUUGAUAUUCUAGCACAAACAAUCCAGGAUGAUUUAGAUAACAUAACUCGUUUUCUAAUACUAGCAAGAGAACCUAUAAUCCCAGGAUUUGACAAGCCCCAUAAGACGAGCAUUGUGUUUACAUUAGAAGAAGGCCCAGGGGUCUUGUUCAAGGCUUUAGCUGUGUUUGCUCUAAGGGAGAUCAACUUAUCAAAAAUUGAAAGCAGGCCUCAAAGGAAGCGUCCACUUAGGAUUGUUGAUGAUAGCAACAAAGGGAGUGCAACGUACUUUGAUUAUCUAUUUUAUAUUGACUUUGAAGCUUCAAUGGCUGAGCCUCGUGCCCAAUAUGCUCUUGGACAUCUACAGGAAUUUGCAAGGUUUAUUCGUGUUCUUGGGUGCUACCCAAUGGAUACAGCUCUAUAGAUCAUGGCUUAAACCCUAAACCUUUUUGUACGCCUUGUACUACAUCAGUUUGACAGCUGUACGUUAUCAACUAUAUUUGAAGAGAAGACCAUCACAUAAAUCCUUUCUUUUAUUCGUUUUUUUUUUUUUUUUCUCGUGUUGUAUGCAUUUUAGUUGGUCAUUGCACAGCAAAGUAAAUUUGGAAACCAUUUUUUUUUGUUUUGUUUCGUGUAUUUUGUGGAGGGAAUGGUUGGAUAGUGGUUGUGAUAAAGAUCUCAUGCAAAGUUUUGUGACUUUGGAUUCUUUGUAAAACAAUAAAUUUGGUUCCACAUCUUUGAUUUAUUAUUAUUAUUA